AUGGACGAAUUCGAGUACAUGCAAGACGUAGUCGGCCAGCUGCCCUUCUUGAAAACGUAUAGCCAUCUUCUUCUGGCGUUCCCACUGCGGGAUGAUGAUUCAGUCCGCGAGGAAGCCAGGGAAUGUCUUCGAACAGCCUCUCUACGUCUCACAGAGGCGUUCCCAUGGCUCGCUGCCAAGGUGGUCCAGAGAAGCAACGGCCCGGGCAGAUCGGACUCUUUUCACCUUGAGCCAUGCGAACGGUGGUCGCCACCAAAUCCGAUUAUCCGUUUCAAGGAUUGCUCAAAUGCCAUGCCUUCCUACGAAGAGCUUGUGGGAGCCCGCGGACCGGCGUCUACGCUUCCUGGGGAGCUCCUGGCGCCUCGGAAAGCAUUUCCCGAGAGCUACAACGAGACGGAACAAGACCCAGCGCCCGUGAUCGCACUCCAAGCAAACUUUGUGCGAGGUGGCCUCCUCCUGGACUGCGCGGCACAGCACAACUUCGUCGACAUGAGCGGUAUUGAGCAGUGCUACAGCCUGCUCGCAACAGCGCUCCGCGGAGAGCCCUUUCCUAGCGAUGCCAUUGCCCAGGGAAAUAUGGACCGACGGAACCUGGUGCCCUUGCUUCAAGCGGACGAGCCCGUCCUGGAUCACGGGCAGUUUGUCCGGCCUGGGCCCGACAACAUGCCCCCGCCGCCCGCCGAGCCCGAGUCUCCCUUCUCGUGGCGGUAUUUCCGCUUUUCGCCCGCAAAGCUCGCCGCGCUGAAGGCCAUGGCAACACCGCCUACGACCGAGACGGAGACGGGUGCUUCUUCUGCUCCUCCGUAUGUCUCGACCAACGACGCACUCACGGCCUUCUGCUGGCAGCGCGUCAUCGCAGCCCGGCUGGCGCGGCGUCAGACCCCGGAGGCGGUGGCCAAGUUUUGCCGUGCCGUUGACGCGCGCCGCUCCAUGGGCGUGCCGGCGGGCUACAUGGGCGACCUGGUGACCAUCGCCACCACGACGCUGGGCUUCCGCGAGCUCGCCGAGGCGCCCCUUGCCGACAUCGCGGGCCGCCUCCGGCGCGACCUGACGGCGGUCAACAACCGCGACUACGUGCGCAGCUUUGCCACGUGGAUCCAGCGCACGGCCGACAAGACGACCAUCGCGUACGGGGGCAGGUUCAACCCCGACACCGACAUUGGAUCCUCGUCGUGGGCCCACGUUAAGCUCGCCAAGGUGGCGUUCGGCCCGCUGGGGCGACCGUCACUCAUCCGACGCCCCGACUUUGUGCCGCUCAGGAGCGACAUCUACUUCAUGCCGCAGACCGAGAACGGGGACAUUGAUGCUCUCCUGUGCUUCAACCAGGCCGACUUUGACGGGCUGAUGGCGGAUGAGAUGUGGACUGCUUUCGCCGACUACAUCGGCUAA